AUGCUUCCCGGGCGGUGGAGGCGAGGGACGGAGCUCCGAGCCCUGUACGCCUACAGCUACGUGGGGUCGGAGGGGCAACCGGUGGCGCUGGCCGAGGGGGACCACUUCCACCUGCUGCGCAAGACCAACGCGGACUGGUGGCUGGUGCGGAGGCCGGGGGUGGCCCGGCCCGACCGCACGCUCUUCGUGCCCGCCGCCUACGUGGUGGAAGUGUCCGGGCCGGGCGCCCCGCCGCCCCGCCCUCAACGCUGCUCCCUGACCCCGGCUCACCUCGCCCGGUCCCCGCUCCAGCCCGAGGUGAUCCACCGAUCGCUGGAGGAGCUGGACCGGACUCCGUCCCGCGAGGCCUCCGCCCCCGGGGCUCGUGCAUCCCCCGGCCCCGGCCCCGGCCCCGGCCCCGGCCCCGGCUGUCCACUCCAGCCCUGGCCUCAGAACGAUGGACUGACCGCGCCUGGCUCCCACGGGGUGGUUCUCCCUCACCCCCACCCACCCGUGUCCCCGCCCGAGGUCUCCCCCACAUACCCACCUCCCCGCCUGUGGUCUCAGCCCAUCUCCUUGCUGCCCCAGCUCUCCCUCACUCCCACCCCACCCGUGUCCCCGCCCGAGCUCUCCCUCACUCCCACCCACACCGUGUCCCCCGCCCGAGGUCUCCCCCCACGUACCCGCCUCCCCCGCCUGAGGUCUCAGUCCAUCUCCCUGGUGCCCCAGGUCUCCCUCGCCCCCACUCACCCGUGUCCCCGCCUGAGGACUGGGUGUCGGGCUGUGGCAGCCCCCCGGCUGACUGUCUGUCCCGUCUGUCCGGCCGGCCGUCGGUCCGCCAUCUCCGGCCCCCAUGGCCCCGCCCAGGCCUCCGCCUUCCCCCGGUACUGUAACCUGGUAGAGCUGCACGGCGGCCCUCGCUCCCCGCCCCCCGGGCCCGCAGGCCCCGCCGAGUCCGUCCACCCGCCCCUGCAACGGCUGGGCAGCUGGGACCUGCUCCUGGAUCCCGCCUCGGCCCGCCCUUUUCUACGUCCCACUCGCAGACUGGACGGCGCACGUGGAAGCCUCCCCGGAAGGGCGCGGGACUCAGUAAGCCCCGGCUCCCCGGGAGCAGAGGAGGAGGAGGAGGAGGAGGAGGAAGGCAGAACUGGACCCCGGGGACGGGGAGUCCGUUCGGGGGACGUUUCAGAGAUCGAGGAUGCAUUUGAGGAUGCUCAGAGUCUCGGGGGGUGGGGGCCUCAAGCCUCCAUGGAAGAACCGCCAGCCCCCCGCCGAAGGGAGGCGGACGGCGCCGCCGCCCCCCCAGUCCGGCGUGGGGACCCCAACAAGGGCCGAUGCCCCACAGCUCCGCGGACUCGUCUACCCUUCAGGACUGGUCCUCAGCUCAGGUUCCCGUGGGCCUUUGCCCAGACUCCUCAGGUCAGCGACCCCCUUCCCCAGGUCCUGGACGACCCCCACCGUGAGACGGUGGAGAAGUCGGGAAGCCUCAACAAGACCAAGAUCGCUGAAGGGGGGCGCAAACUCAAGAAGAACUGGACGACGGCCUGGGUGGUCUUAGCGGGGAACAGUCUGGUCUUCUAUAGGGAUGCCCCGGCUUCCUCCCCAGCCCUGUGGGGCCCCGCCCGCAGCCGGCCGGAGAGCAGCGUGGAUUCUCAGAGGAGCCGCCUUGGGGGUCGGCCUGACACCCUGACCAGUCGCAGGAAUGUGCUGCACGUGAGGUGGCGGACGGUGCCGGGACACGAGUUCUGUUGCAGUCCCGAUAACGAGGCGGAGGUCCGAGACUGGAAAGUGGCCCUGCGAGCGGUCAUCACCCGGCUGGAGCGGGAAAACCCCGUAGAGCUACGGCUGUCCGGAGCGGGGCCGGCCGAGCUGAGCGGGGCUGAAGAGGACGACGAGCUGGAGCCGGGCCCGGAACGGCCCCCGGAGUGGCCGGGGGCGCGGAGCCGGGGGAGCUGGAGGGGCCCGGGCCGGAGUCAAGUCCGGAAUAAAUUGAAGCGACUCAUUGCCAAGAGACCGCCACUGCGGAGCCUGCAGGAGCGCGGCCUCCUCCGAGACCAGGUGUUUGGCUGCUCCCUGGAGGCGCUGUGCCAGCGGGAAGGGGGCACGGUGCCCAACUUCGUGCGGCUCUGCGUCGCCCGCCGUGGGACAAGAAGAGGCCUGGAUGUGGACGGGAUUUAUCGGGUGAGCGGGAACCUGGCGGUGAUCCAGAAACUGCGAUUCCUGGUGGACAGAGAGCGAGCGGUCACCUCGGACGGGCGCUACGUGUUCCCUGAAAAGGCGGGACAAGAGGGCCCGGUUUUGGACCUGGACCGUGACGAGUGGGAGGACAUCCACGUGGUGACGGGGGCCCUGAAGCUGUUCCUGCGGGAGCUGCCGCAGCCCCUGAUCCCCGGGGCCGCCUGCUGCCUGCCCUGCCGCGAAGCCCUCGGGUUACCAGGGGGGUGGAGAGGGGCGCGGAGCUUCGCAGCGGACCGCCUGGCCCAGCUCCGACAGGUCCUGGCCUCCAUGCCACCAACCAACAGGGAACGCUGGCGCUUCCUCCUGGAGCACCUGCCAGGGGUGGUCGUUCGAGCCCGGACCCAGAACCGUAUGACGCCCGCUGAAUCUGGGGGAUCGUAUUCGGGCAAGACGCUCCUGCGGCCGGAGCAGGAGGCCGCAGACCCCGCCGCCCACCGCGCCCUCUACCCCAGCCAGCUGGUCGAGCUGCUGCUGACGGACUUCGACAGCCUCUUCCCCGACCCCUGAACCGCAACAACUCGGGGCCCCCACCCCCCUCAUUCGCCCCGGGGGAGGAGGUGACCCCGGGAGGAGCGGGGUGACCCCCAAAUUGCUCACCUCUCAAUCCAUCAAUCGAUGAUAUUUAUUGAGCGCU